GAAAAGGGGGGAAGUCACGGGACAUCGCGCCAACGCGAUCCACUGAAUUUCGCCGCAAAACACCCCGCUAAACCAUCCCAACUCAAGUUCGACCACCACUUUUUCCAGAUGCCUCCAUGACAGACCUAACAGCUGUCCUCCCCGGCUUUCCAACACACCAAUAUGUCCGACUGCUUCCCUCCCUUGAGAAGAACCUGGUCACAACGGCAGAUCUCCUUACACUCGACUGCGUGGAGAUAGCAAAACGCGCUCAGCUCCCUCUACUCGGUGUGAAGAGGCUAUGCAAUGCAGUGCUUGAGGCAUUACAAAACAUCUUGGGGAUCGCGGAUGGUAAUAAUGAGGCGCACCAGAGUUCAUUGUUGAGGAAGACGGGGAAGGACAUCCUCAAUUCAUGGAGCACCAUCAGUACCCUGGACGACGAUCUCGACCGCGCAUUAGGAGGCGGUAUACCAUCUGGCUACAUCACAGAAGUUACCGGCGAGAGGCAAGACGCAAUUCCUUCUUACCCUGCUUCUCGCCGCUCAACUUGACUUCCCCCAUGGUCUCUCCAGCUCGACACUCUACAUCUCCACUGAAAGCGCCCUUCCCACAACUCGACUCGCGCAACUUCUACGUACACAUCCCAUUCUCGUCUCCGCGAAUCCAAAACCUACCCUCGACAAAGUAAUUAGUAUCGUAACGCCUG